CAAUGAAAAUCAGCCAUAAGCUGGUCUGGGUCUGCACAUAUAAAGGCGGCGGGGCGGAUGCCAGACCCAGUCUGGUCUUGGUCUACGUCCAUCUCAUACUUCAUUCUUGCCCUGAGAAGAAUGGCGUCCUCCAAGCUGGUCCUUCUUCUGGUCCUGCUGUCCUGCAUGGAGAGCAGUCUGUGCACCUCCUGUGUGGUGGACAGCUUCACGGUCAAGGAGGGCUUCGACCCCGCCAGGUACUCCGGAAAGUGGUACGCCUUGCAGAAGAAGGAUCCGGAAGGCUUGUUCUUGCAGGACAACAUCUCUGCGGAGUACACCAUCGACGACGACGGCAGCAUGACGGCGUCCUCCAAAGGACGCGUCACUCUCUUUGGCUUCUGGGUUGUGUGCGCCGACAUGGCCGCCCAGUACUCCGUCCCCGACCCCGCAACCCCCGGCAAGAUGUUCAUGAACUACCAGGGACUGGCCAGCUACCUGUCCAGUGGAGGCGACAACUACUGGGUGAUCGACACGGACUACGACAACUACGCCAUCACCUACGCCUGCCGCACAGUCAAGGAGGACGGCAGCUGCGAGGACGGCUACAGCCUGGUCUUCUCCAGGAACCCCCGCGGUUUACCCCCGGCCAUCCAGCGCGUCGUGCGUCAGAAGCAGGAGGAAAUCUGCAUGGCCGGACAGUUCCAGCCUGUGCUGCAGUCCGGAGCCUGUUGAGGAGGGGGCGGUCUUUCGGUUUCAACGCGGGAGACGUGAGACCGAGUGUGUUUGUAUGGACGGAUGUUGUGGAGGCGGAAAAGAGCCAACGCCCUUGUCGUCUUCCAGCUGGAGUCCAAGAGUUCUGUUGGUCUUUUGAGCAA